AUGCUUCCGUUCAUAUGCACAGAUUUCCGCCUUUUCCUUUCCGUCUCCCUUUCUGAUUCUCUCCCGUGUAUCUCUCCCACUCUACCGGCAGGUCCAACACAUAUCCAUCGGAAGAACACGCACGCGGUCGCUAUCGCCGCCCGCUCCUCUUCUCCGCCUCUUUUUGCGCUUGUUAUAAUGGAGUUUUUUCAAGUUGUCGACCCAGUUACGCUGGAGCCGGCGUCUUACGCGCACGUGGCGCUGGAGCUGGCGUUCGCCGUCGCCUGCGCGGUGCUGCUCGGUGUGUGCUUGCACGUCUUGCCCGAAAGGCUGGUACGCUGCUCCAAGACCGCGCGUGCUAAGGUGCCUCGCGAGGCCCUAGCAAAGGCGGCCACACCUGUCUCCAAGCCUUCCGUGGCCAAUAGGCCUUCAUCCUCUGCCGCGGCGCCGGUGGCCACAACACCCAAGGCGCAGGCGAAGGCGACCGUUUCAGUGGCUUCGGUUGCUGUGGCAGAGAACACGCUGAAUGACGUCCUCGAAGCAUUUUUCGAAGGGGAGACUCUUCUCGACGAGGCCUUACUUGACGCGACAGCGCCAUCUGUCCUACCAGAGGAGGAGACGUCCCCAGCGAAUCCGAUGCCUGGGAAGCCGACCGAACCGCCUCUCAAGAAGACGGCAGACUUCUCCACAGAUCUGGCGGCCAAAAUGGCCAAGGGACUGCAAAUCCAGGCGUGCCCUGCCAGGACUGCUUCCUCGCCUCAAGCGGCAUCAAAGCCACACGAGACAAAGAACACGGCCGAGAAGGAGCUCGAGGACGCUCUGGACGCAUACAUGGAGGAGCAGCAGCUGCUGGAUGAGGCAAUGCUGGACAGCGCGGUAGAGGCGGCACACAGAACGUAA